AUGGUCACAAGGUCGCAAGUGGGAACUGUCAAACCUAAUCCUCACUAUGCUCUACUCACACAAAAGGUGUCAAUACCAAAGCCAAGAACUAUAGCAGAUGCGUUAAACCAUGAAGGCUGGAGAAAUGCUAUGGGAGAUGAGUUUGAAUCAUGUAAAGAAACUAAUACCUUUACACUUGUUCCACGGUCUGAAGAUAUGCACGUCCUAGGAAACAGAUGGGUGCAUAGAGUGAAGUUGAAUGCCGAUGGAAGUUUCAAGAAGCUUCGAUCUCGUCUGGUUGCAAAAGGAAAUGAGCAAGAAGAAGGGGUUGACUAUCUUGAAACCUACAGCCCUGUGGUUAGAAUGGCAUCAGUAAGGACAAUUCUACACAUGGCUACGGUAUUGAAUUGGGAAAUAAGACAAAUGGAUGUCAAAAUGCAUUCUUACACGGUGAUUUACAAGAAAAGGUAUUCAUGA